AUGGAGGCGCCGCGAGUGCUGUGGAUUCUGGGCUGCGCCUGCAUCGCAUCGGCUCUGGGUUCGAGACUCAAGACCCCCGCGUUACCCAUCCAGCCAGAGACGGAACCCAUGCUGUCGAAAGGCUUGUCCGGUUGCUCCUUCGGUGGCCGCUUUUAUUCGCUGGAAGACACGUGGCAUCCAGAUCUCGGAGAGCCGUUCGGUGUGAUGCACUGCGUUAUGUGUCACUGCGAGCCGCAGAGGAGCCGGCGAGGCAAGGUGUUUGGGAAGGUGAGCUGCAGGAAUAUGAAACAGGACUGUCCCGAUCCGACCUGUGACGAUCCGGUCUUGCUUCCAGGACACUGCUGCAAAACAUGCCCAAAAGGCGACUCGGGGAGAAAGGAGGCGGAGUCUCUGUUUGAGUUCUUCCAUGAGAAAGACGACGACUUGCACAAGUCCUACAACGACAGAUCCUACAUCAGCUCUGAAGAGAACAGCAACCGAGACAGCGCCACCGAUUUUGUGGCUGUACUCACGGGUGCGAGGGACUCCAGCGGCGUCGCUCGAGCCAGAUUCACUCUCACUCGGACGAGCCUGACCUUCUCCAUCACGUUCCAGAGGAUGAACCGGCCGAGCCUCAUCACCUUCCUGGACUCCGAUGGAAACACUGCGUUUGAGUUCAGAGUCCCGCCGGCCGAUACAGAUAUGGUGCCGGUCCGAGUGAAACUGUUGUACCGUCAGCAUCUGCUGAGAGAAAUACGAGCAAACAUCUCUGCAGACGACUCUGACUUGGCUGAAGUCCUGGCCGAUCUGAACAGUCGUGAACUCUUCUGGUUGUCCCGCGGACAGCUGCAGAUCUCGGUGGAAACAGAAGGUCAAAACCCUCGUCAGAUCUCCGGAAACAUUUCUGGCAAGAGAUCAUGUGACACUCUUCAAAGCGUGAUGUCCAGCAGUUCUGCUCUAACUCCUGGGAAAACCGGCGGCGUCGGAUCGGCCGUCUUCACUCUCCAUCACAACGGCUCGCUCGACUACCAGGUUCUGGUGGCGGGUUUGAGCAGCGCGGUGGUCGGUGUGACGAUCGAGAUGAAGCCGCGGCGGCGCAGUAAACGCAGCGUGCUGUACGACAUCACGGCGGAUUUCUCCGCGGCGGAGGAGCGCGGCGGCGGGCGAGCGCUGGGAAGCUGCAGCCGCGUCGAGGCCAGACACAUUCACAUGCUGCUGCAGAACGAACUGUUCAUUAACAUCGCCACGGCCGAGCAGCAAGAGAGCGAACUGCGCGGACAGAUACGAAUGCUGCCGUACAACGGACUGGACGCACGCCGAAACGAGCUUCCGGUUCCUCUGGCGGGUCAGUUCGUGUCUCCUCCGGUCCGUGCGGCUGCGGCGGGUCAUGCCUGGGUCUCGGUGGACGAACAGUGUCAUCUGCAUUACGACAUCGUCGUCAACGGCCCCAGCAAGAGCGAAGACGCCGCCGUCAACGCUCACCUGCACGGAUUGGCCGAGAUCGGCGAGAUGGACGACUCGUCCACCAAUCACAAGAGACUUCUGACUGGCUUCUACGGUCAACAGGCUCAGGGUGUGUUGAAAGAUCUUAGUGUUGAGUUAUUGAGGCAUUUGGACGAAGGCACGGCUUAUAUUCAGGUCAGCACCAAAAUGAAUCCAAGAGGAGAAAUACGAGGACGGGGUGGAGUUUCUCGCUGUAAUUCCCGCCUCAUGUUUAGCUGA